AUGAAUGGUAGCACAUUGGGUCGCAUCGAGGAGUCAAGCACGAGCAGUGCGCUCCAACACUCGAUCUCAAUGUGCCCGCGGGUGGUUAUCUCUUCAACCAAUGGGUCACGACGUGACAUUCCUCUCAUCGACUACCGGGACGAAGUGUCGGGAAACGUUUAUUCGAGUUACACUCCUACUGUACGCAUUUGCCAUGAAUGUCGGCCUAUUCUGUCCGAAUUCCACAAAGUUCGCUACAUCGUUGGUACAGGAGUCGACCAUCCUCAAAUGCGCGAUGAAAUCUACUGCCAAAUCCUGAAGCAAAUUACGAGAAAUCCUUGUGUUUACAGCCGCAGCAGAGCGCGUUUCGACACAGCGCUGAGGGCUUACUUGAAGUCUAACGCCUCGGAUUACGCCAAGACGUGUCUUAAACGUCUAAAUCGCAUCCAUCAAACGGGGCCGCGAUCGAUGCCGCCGAGUUACAUGGAGUUGAGAGCUGAGCAGGAGAAGAAGAGCCUUGGGGUGAACGUUCUCUGCGCCAACAGUAAUCGGGUGAGGGUCAAGGUUGAUCCAACAAUCACUGUGCAGGAGUUUAGCUCUAUUGCUUUCAGUGCGGCUUCCAUUAAGGACACCUUCGGUUUCGAGAUCUUCAUCGACAUUAUCGACAAGUUUGAAGCUCUGUCAACGGGCCCAAGGCACUUCUUUGAUAGCAUAUCCCUCUGCGAGGAAUAUACACGGCGCAAGGGUCUGAAUGAAUUUGACAUGCCCUGGUCCUUUUCUAUACGCAAGACCAUUUUUGCACCCUGGCAUGACGUGACUUUCGAUCCCGUAGCAACAUCUCUCAUCAGUUUUCAGGUUAUUCAACAAUGCUUUAAAGAAUCACAUGAUUGUCUCGAGGUAAGUAAAGUACGAGGUAUUUGGACUUAA